CCUUGUGUUGAGCACGUCGACCAGAGAACGAGCGGGAAGCACUUCAAUAUCAACAUCGUCUUCGAGUAUGGGUGUAUCGGUGACUGCUUGCGACUCGCCUCUGGCACUACGUGACGUUAACAAGGAGAGCGGCAGUCCGCCCCAGUGGCGCCCCGACACCGACAGCGACUCGUGUCUGUGCUGCGGGAACGAGUUCUCCAUUUGGACGCGCCGUCGUCACCACUGCCGCGCUUGCGGAGAACUCGUCUGCGGUGAGUGCUCGCCCUUCUCCGUCCGGCUACCAGAACUCGGCUACAAAGGCCGUGUACGCGUGUGCACGCACUGUCACGCGCUGGCCGAGUCCACGCUGGCUACGUCCGACUCGACGGACUCGCUAUCUGGGCUUGAGUCUGCUGCUGCGUCCAGCGAGUCGUCGGACAAUGAGCAGCUGGGUGACGUUGAGGAGGAGCUUAUCUUCCGUGCGGUGGAUGUGCUGGCCCAAACCUCACGUGACAAACGCUCCAAGGUCCAGUACCAGUACUUCGUACAGUCCGAGGCUGUGAGCUGGCUUAUGGACGCUGGCAUCAUGUCCAACCGCACCGGCUGUGCUGCGCUCUUCAUGCGCCUCGUGGACUAUGGCUACGUGACGCUAAAACCCUGGAAGGGAUCGGGUCGCAGCGCGUUCUACAUCCUGAGCGAAGAGAUCGCCAUCGAGAACCGCACUUCGCACUAUGACACGGCCAUCCACUCGGAGACGAGCAAGUGCCACAACUGCACGCAGUCGUUCCAAAAGGCGCUCGCUCCUGCCGACGGAUUCUGCUCCAUCGACUGCAAGACCAAUGCGCUCAUCAACCAGUCGGACUCGGCUCGCAUCCGCCGGUUUUGCAACUAAGGCUACAGCCUCCUGUCUCGUGACAGGCAUUUCCUUUAUCUAUCGGCGCCCCUACUGGCGACGUCUGUCCUGUAUUAUAGACUGUUCGAUGUGUAUUUACAAAGAAUUCAUGUAGCUAAGGUGUCGGUGCUCACUUGCACAAUUGCACCACAUCGAUAAGAUAUUUUUUUCAUCAGCACAUUUCAUGACUUAAA